UUUGCUACACAGGGUCUAAGGAAGGGCACAUUGUUGCGCCGCGGGGUUUAGACUUCACUGUGCGUUCUGAGUAAGAUGGGGAAGAAGACGAAGAAACCCGGUAAAGGCAAAGAGAAAACUGAGAGAAAAACCGUAAAAGCCGAAGAGAAGAAAGCUCGCAGGGAAACCAAGAAGCUUUCUCCCGAGGACGAUAUCGACGCCAUUUUGUUGAGCAUUCAAAAGGAGGAAGCGAAGAAGAAGGAGGUUCACGUCGACGACAACGUUCCCGCGCCUUCUCCUCGCUCCAACUGCUCGCUCACCGUCAAUCCGUUGAAAGAGACCGAGUUGAUUCUCUACGGCGGCGAAUUCUACAAUGGCAACAAGACCUUCGUGUACGGCGAUCUCUUCCGGUAUGACGUGGAGAAGCUGGAAUGGAAAUUGGUUUCGAGUCCUAAUAGUCCUCCUCCGCGCAGUGCUCACCAAGCGGUUGCGUGGAAGAAUUAUAUUUAUAUUUUUGGUGGUGAGUUUACGUCUCCAAACCAAGAGCGGUUUCAUCACUACAAGGAUUUUUGGAUGUUGGACCUGAAAACAAAUCAGUGGGAGCAGCUUAAUUUGAAAGGGUGCCCUAGUCCUCGUUCAGGACAUCGAAUGAUAUUGUACAAGCACAAGAUUAUUCUUUUCGGUGGCUUCUAUGACACUCUCCGAGAAGUGAGGUACUACAAUGAUCUAUUCGUAUUUGACCUUGAUCAAUUCAAGUGGCAAGAAAUAAAGCCUAAGCCUGGAGCAAUGUGGCCAACUGCACGUAGUGGUUUUCAAUUAUUUGUUUACCAAGAUGAUAUAUUUUUGUAUGGUGGCUAUUCAAAAGAAGUUUCAUCUGAUAAGAACAACUCUGAGAAAGGAAUUGUUCAUUCAGAUAUGUGGUCACUCGAUCCUAAGACUUGGGAAUGGAACAAGGUGAAGAAAAGUGGAAUGCCUCCUGGUCCCCGUGCUGGGUUUUCAAUGUGUGUUCAUAAGAGGAGGGCUCUGCUAUUUGGUGGCGUUGUGGAUAUAGAAGUUGAAGGUGAUGUAAUGAUGAGCUUGUUUUUGAAUGAAUUUUACGGGUUUCAGUUAGACACCAAUCGCUGGUAUCCUCUGGAGUUAAGAAAGGAGAAGUCCACAAAAGAUAAGUUAAAAAAAUCUGAACAAAAUUGUCCUGAUGAUGUCAACAAGAAGAUAAAUCCAGCAUGUACAACAAGAGAAGAAACUGUGGAGUCAGAGGAUGAAGAAAGUAACAUUGAUGAUAUAUCCAAAAAUAUAGCAUCAAACAUGUCUAUUGUUGAUAGUGAAAAUCUUACCAACUCUGAUGGAAAGCCCAAGGAAUCUGGUGCUAAAUUGGACAUUCAAAGUUCUUUGCCUGAGGUAGUGAAGCCAUGUGGUCGUAUUAAUGCUUGCAUGGCAGUUGGAAGGGACACGUUAUAUAUAUAUGGUGGAAUGAUGGAGAUUAAAGAUCAAGAAAUCACUCUUGACGAUCUGUAUUCUUUGAACCUUAGCAAACUUGAUGAAUGGAAGUGCAUUAUACCGGCUUCAGAAUCUGAAUGGGUGGAAGCUUCAGAAGAUGAUGAAGAAGAUGAAGAUGGUGAUGAAGAUGAGUCCGAUGGUGAGACUUCAACUAAUGAGGAUGAUGAUGAGGAAGAGGAGGAGGAAGAGGCUCAGAAUGCAUCAGUUGAGGUGGGAGAUGCUGUUGCUCUAAUCAAAGGUGUUGGAAAGAAUCUGCGGAGGAAAGAAAGGAGGUCACGGAUAGAGCAGAUUAGAGCCAGUCUUGGCUUGUCCGAUUCACAGAGAACACCAAUGCCAGGAGAAUCCCUGAGGGAUUUCUACAGGCGUACAAAUAUGUAUUGGCAAAUGGCAGCCCAUGAACAUACUCAACACACUGGAAAAGAACUCCGCAAGGAUGGUUUUGAUCUCGCUGAAGCACGGUACAGGGAGCUAAAACCUAUUCUUGACGAGCUGGCUCUAUUAGAAGCUGAGCAGAAGGCUGAGGAGGCUGAAGGGCCAGAAGCUAGUGUAAAGAAAAGAGGAAAGAAGAAAACUAGAAAUUGAUAAUUGAUGCCGCGAGAUGUGGGUCUCGACAAGAAUGUAAUAUGCAAUUUUGAUUUAGUUUGAUGUCGUUAUCUCAGAUGAUUGCGCACAUAAUGUGUAGCAUGGUCACGUUACAUGUAAUCUAUCUGUAACAAUCACCCUAAAUUCAGCUACACCACGAAUUUCCUCCCCGAAAUGGAGUUCGGAAUUCGUAAUAGAAAAUAGAACAGUGAAUCUAAUAUCUUAUUUUUCUAGGCUUGAAA